GGUCUGUCACCAAAGUUUCACCGGUUCGUCUCUGCACUAAACCGAUUUGUGAGUAAAAGUGGCGCAUUAAGAGGCGCACAGAAGAGGAUUGAGGAGGAGGAGAAGGUUUUCCUUUUGGUUUUUGUGCCGCAGGAAUAAAUCUCAUGAAAGAGCGACUUUGCUGUUGUAUCUGCAGUCUGAUCCGGAUCAGGGACUGAAUGGUGUCGGAAUGACACGAACACAUGAGUGGGUCUGAGCGAACGUUAGUCCUGUGGGAUUAAACCAUGGAUAACUUCUUCACGGAGGGUGACUGGGUGUGGUUACGGGAGGAUGAGCAGUUCCUUCCCAGCAUCGUGUCCUCGUGCUCUGGAGGUGUCGUUGUCUUUGCCACGGACUACGGCCAGGUCUACACCUACAAGCAGAACGCGCUGACCAGGCAGAAGGUGCAGCCGAUGCACAGCAGCAGCAUCCGCGGCGUGGAGGACAUGGCGGCUCUGGAGGACCUUCACGACGGCGCCAUCAUGCACAACCUGUUUCAGCGCUACCAGCAAAAAUGCAUAUAUACGUAUAUCGGCUCCAUCCUGGCGGCGGUGAACCCGUACCAGCCUCUGCCCGGCCUGUACGAGCGUCCAGCUGUGGAGCUGUACAGCCGUCACCACCUGGGAGAAAUCUCGCCGCACAUCUUUGCCAUCGCUAACGAAUGUUACCACUCGCUGUGGAAGAGGUCGCAGAACCAGUGUGUGCUGAUCAGCGGUGAGAGCGGUGCGGGAAAAACGGAAAGCACCAAGCUGAUACUGAAGUUCUUGUCAGCCAUGAGUCAGCACUCGCUGGAGACAUCGUCCAGAUACGGGACAUCCCACGUGGAAGAGGCGCUGCUGGAGAGCAGUCCCAUCAUGGAGGCUUUUGGAAAUGCCAAAACUGUCUACAACAACAACUCCAGCCGCUUUGGGAAGUUUGUACAGCUGCACUUCAGCCACAAGGGAAACAUCGAGGGCGGGAAAAUCGUUGACUACCUCUUAGAAAAGAACCGGGUCGUCAGGCAGAACCCGGGAGAAAGGAACUACCACAUAUUCUACGCAUUGUUAGCAGGAACCAACAGCCAGCAGCGAGAGACAUUUGGGUUGAUUCCCGCUGACAGCUACCACUACCUGAGACAGUCCGGCUGCCUGACCGACAAGACAAUCAACGACCAGGGCACUUUUCACGAUGUUCUGAAUGCAAUGCGAACGAUGCAGUUUACGAGGAGAAACAUUGGGGACCCUGCGCCUCCUGGCCGCAUCCUUCACUCGGGGAACAUGAGUUUGCAACAGCUGGAGGAGCGCAGGUCUCCUCCAAGUCAGUCCCAUCAUGGAGGCUUUUGGAAAUGCCAAAACUGUCUACAACAACAACUCCAGCCGCUUGGGAAGUUUGUACAGCUGCACUUCAGCCACAAGGGAAACAUCGAGGGCGGGAAAAUCGUUGACUACCUCUUAGAAAAGAACCGGGUCGUCAGGCAGAACCCGGGAGAAAGGAACUACCACAUAUUCUACGCAUUGUUAGCAGGAACCAACAGCCAGCAGCGAGAGACAUUUGGGUUGAUUCCCGCUGACAGCUACCACUACCUGAGACAGUCCGGCUGCCUGACCGACAAGACAAUCAACGACCAGGGCACUUUUCACGAUGUUCUGAAUGCAAUGCGAACGAUGCAGUUUACAGAGGAGAACAUUGGGGACAUCCUGCGCCUCCUGGCCGGCAUCCUUCACUCGGGGAACAUUGAGUUUGCAACAGCUGGAGGAGCGCAGGUCUCCUCCAAGUCAGCUCUGAUCCACACAUCUGAACUGUUGGGGCUGAACCCGGAUCAGCUGGCUGAGGUUCUGACCCACCGGUCGAUGAUCCUCAGGGGUGAGGAGAUCUCCACGCCGCUCACUGUGGAACAGGUCAGUGAACCCAGAUUAGGUUCAGUGGGGGCCUUUUUUGGGGGAUUUUAUUUCCCAGAUCAUUUACGAAUACCUCAGGAUCUGUGGGAAGAGUUGGAGGAUUUAGCCAAGGAUAGGGAAAUUGUGGAAACCAGUGACCUGGGCUCUUUGGUUGGUGAGGAAACACUUAUUGAGCUGGACUUUACGGACGAUGCUAAGAUGCCUGACCAGUUUGACCAGACUGUGGUUCUCAACCAGCUCAGAUAUUCUGGCAUGUUGGAGACGGUGAAGAUCCGACGAACUGGCUUCCCCAUCCGGAGAUCUUUCCAGGACUUUUGCUCCAGGUACAAGGUUCUGAUGCGGGGUGUGUUAAUGCCAGAUGACCCCAGGGGGAGCUGCAUCCAGCUGCUGAACCUCUACGACAGCCAAAACUCAGAGUGGCAGCUCGGCAAAACCAAGGUCUUUCUCAGGGAGUCACUGGAGCAUCGUCUGGAGAAGCAGAGGGAGGUGGAGGUGCUGAAAGCAGCUAUGAUCAUCCAGGCCCAUGUGAUAGGCUACACAGUCAGGAAACAGUACAGAAGGCUACUGCAGUGCAUUGUGGUCAUUCAGAAGAACUACCGAGCCUUCUAUUGGAGGAGGCGGUUCCUGUUGCUCCGCUGGGCGGCACUCACCUUCCAGAAGCAGCUGCGAGGCCAGCUGGCCCGCCGGGCGUAUGCACGGCUGCUGAUGGAGAGGAGGAGGCAGAAGGAGGAGGAAGAGCGCCUCCGGAGGAUGGAGGAGGAAGUGGAGAGGGAGCGUCUGAGGCUGGAGGCUGAACGAAUUGCCAGAGAGGCUGAGGAAGCCAGGCGACUGGAGCAGUUGCAAUUGGCUGAUUUGAACUCUCUGGUUUUGACCCCGGCUGCAGUCGUGGUCUCGCCAUCUCUGGAACUCUUUGAGGACCUGGAGUCACCUGAGACCUUAGAUGAUGUGUUUGAAGAUGAGGAGGUAAUUCGUCCUCAUGAAGCCUCUCAGGUGGAGGAGAUCCUGCGCCUGGAGCGGGAGAUCCAGGCACUGCAGAGGCAGAAGGAACGUCAGGAGCUCACCCUGACCGAAGCCUCUCUGAACCGCCUACAACGCCUCCGUGACCAGGAGCUGAGGCGUCUGGAGGAUGAAGCCUGCAAGGCCGCACAGCAGUUCCUGGACUCGUUGAACUUUGAUGAGAUUGAUGAAUGUGUGAAGAACAUUGAGGGUUCUUUGGGAGUUGCAGAAGAAAAGAAGGAGGGUGGACAGAGGCGAAGUAACAACGAAGAGGAGGUUGAUGAAGGCUUUGAGGCUGACGAUGAGACCUUCAAAGACUCACCAAACCCAAGUGAGCAUGGACACUCAGACGGUCAGCGCACAAGUGGGAUAAGGACAAGUGAUGAUUCAUCUGAAGAAGACCCCUACGCCAACGAUGGUGUGAUCCCACCGCUGCCACAAACUGCUCUGCUUCACCAGCCUUUACCGCCGGUGCCUGCAGCCUGCCACAGCGUGUUGUCCAGUGGGGACUCCGCCUACUGUCAUCCCCCAACUGUGUCCAAAGCUCAGUCAGAUGAAUUGGUGGAGCUCAUCCCUCCAAAUGAAGAUUCGGAUUAUGACCAGGAUGAUUAUGAUGAGAGUGCUAUUGUCUCCAGCGGUAGUGUAGCCUUCUCCAACCCGUGCAGUGGUCAGUGGUCUCCUGACUACCGUGGCUCAGUGAGCACCUACAACAGUUCAGGGGUAUAUCGAUUCAGCUCUGAAGGCGCUCAGUCAUCGUUUGAGGACAGUGAGGAAGACUUCGAUAGGUUCGACACCGAUGACGAGCUGUCAUACCGGCGAGAUUCGGUCUACAGCUGCGUCACGCUGCCGUACUUCCACAGCUUCCUACACAUCAAAGGCGGUCUCAUGAACACGUGGAAGCGGCGCUGGUGCGUGCUGAAGGACGAGACCUUCCUGUGGUUUCGGGCCAAGCAGGAGGCUCUGAAGCAGGGCUGGCUCUACAAAAAGGGUGGAGGCUCGUCCACACUGUCCCGCCGCAACUGGAAGCGCCGCUGGUUCGUGCUGCGGCAGCGCAAACUCAUGUACUUCGAGAAUGACAGCGAGGAGAGGAUGAAGGGUGUGCUGGACAUGCACAACGCCAAAGAAAUCAUCGAUAACACCACAAAGGAGAACGGCAUUGACAUUGUCAUGCCGGAGAGAACCUACCAUCUGAUUGCUGAGUCCGCCGAAGACGCCAGCCAGUGGUUCAGUGUGCUGAGUCAGGUCCACGGCUCCACAGAACAGGAGAUCAGAGAGAUGAACGAUGAGCAGGCCAACCCUCAGAACGCUGUGGGGACGCUGGACGUGGGGAUGAUUGAUUCAGUUUGUGCCUCAGAUAAUCCAGAGCGGCCGAACUCCUUUGUCAUGAUCACGGCGAACCGCGUGCUGCACUGCAACGCUGACACAGCAGAGGAAAUGCACCACUGGAUCACGCUGCUGCAGCGCUGCAAAGGAGACACACGUGUGGAAGGACAGGAGUUCAUCAUCCGAGGCUGGCUGCACAAGGAGAUUAAGAACAGCAGCAAAGCUUCACUCAAGCUGAAGAAGCGCUGGUUCGUACUUACCCACAAUUCCCUGGACUACUACAAGAACUCGGAGCGUAACGCCCUGAAACUGGGAACACUGGUGCUGAACAGCUUGUGCUCUCUGGUUCAACCAGAUGAAAAGCUCUACAAAGAGAGUGGAUACUGGAACUUGAUCGUGUAUGGCCGCAAACACUCGUACCGUCUCUUCACCAAGCUGCUGAACGAGGCCACACGUUGGACUGGCGCCAUUCAGAACGUCAUCGACGCCAAAGCUCCCAUCGACACGCCCACACAGCAGCUGAUCCAGGACAUCAAGGAGAACUGUCUGAACUCUGAGGUGGUGGACCAGAUCUACAAGAGGAACCCCAUCCUGCGUUAUAGCCACCACCCGCUGCACUCGCCGCUGCUGCCGCUGCCGUACGGCGACAUCCACCUGAGCGCUUCGAUCAGCAGGACCUACACCACGCUGCAGGACGAAGCUCUCAAAGUCUUCAGCUCUCUGCAACACCUGGAGGGCGUAUCCGACCCAGUUCCCAUCAUCCAAGGCAUCCUGCAGACCGGUCAGGAGCUCAAACCGCUGCGGGACGAGCUCUACUGUCAGCUGAUCAAGCAGACGACACAACCUCCACAUCCGGGCGGAUCCGGAAACCUGUGCAGCUGGAAGAUCCUGAGCUGCAUGUCCUGUACCUUUCUCCCUUCCAGGAGCAUCGUCCGGUACCUGAAGUUCCACCUGAAGAGAACUAGAGAGCUCUUCCCCACCUCAGAGAUGGAGCGCUACUCCGCCUUUGUUCUUGACUCACUCAAGAAGACUCGCACCAGAGAAAAUGUCCCAUCACAGGAGGAGAUCCGGUCCAUCGUGGCGCGGCAGGAUAUGAGCACCAACGUGCACUGUCACGGAGGAGGAUCCUGCAAGAUCACUAUCAACUCCCACACCACCGCUGGAGAGGUGGUGGAGAAGCUGAUCCGUGGGCUCGCCAUGGAAGACAGCAGGAACAUGUUUGCUUUGUUUGAACACAAUGACGUCACGGAGAAAGCCAUCGAGAGUCGCACCGUCGUGGCCGAUGUGCUCGCCAAGUUUGAGAAGCUUUCAGGCAGUCAAGACCAACAAAACACCGGCUGGAGUUAUACUUCAAGCUUUACUUGCUUCUUGGACAAGGACAGUGUCCCCAAAGACACCGUGGAGUUUGCCUUCAUUUUCUCUCUUCAGGCGCAUGAGGCCGUCAUUCGUGGUCGAUAUCCGGCCCCUGAAGAGACGCUGCAGUUCUUGGCAUCCCUCAGACUGCAGUAUGUUCUGGGUGACCACAGCUCCCAGGCCAACAUCCCCGAAAUGUCACAGGUGUUCCCCAUGGCCCGGUUACGGACUCGCGUGCAGAACUCAGCUAAGAGUUUUGCGUCAGGCACCGGUUCGGUGACAGAAGGUUCAGGAACAUCGGAGAGGAAACGCUCCAGCUUCCUGGAGGGAACACUGCGGCGGAGCUUCCGGAGUGGCUCGUUAAGCCGACAGAAGCUGGAAGAAGAGAACAGCCUGGAGGUCUGGAUGAGGGAGGAAGCAGCAGCGGUCCGUACCAGCGUGAUGGACAAAUGGAAGAAACUCCAAGGGAUGAACCAACAACAGGCCAUGGUCAAGUACAUGGCUGUGGUGAAAGAGUGGCCGGGAUAUGGAUCCACGCUCUUCAACGUUGAGUGUCGGGACGGCACGUUCCCGUCCGUGCUCUGGUUGGGUGUCAGCCGCGAGGCCAUAUCAGUGUACAAACGAGGAGAACCGUGGCCUCUGGAGGUUUUCCCAUAUGAAAAGAUCCUGUCCUUUGGUGCUCCGCUGUCCAACGCCUACAAGAUCAAAGUGGAGGGUCGCGAGCUGGUCUUCGAAACACAAAUGGUGAUGGACAUUGCCAAGCUGAUGAAGGCCUACAUUAGCAUGAUCGUCAAGAAGCGCUACAGCAACUGUCAGUCAUUGAGCAGCACCUGGUGAACCCUGACCGUUGACUUUUGGGGAGGCACUGGGAGCUGUGGACGGUCCGUUCUCAAUGCUCGCACACGUCACACCGCGAAGAUCUUAAGGAUAAGUCUUGUUUCUUUUUCCAUUUGAAAACAUUUUAGGUCCACACCUGAUCUUCACCACAGCACUCUGCCCAAGUGCCUCUGAGCAAUUGCGGUUUAUUCAACAAAUCCCCCCCAAGGAAAACUGCUGCACUUGUUGCCUUCCAGCACAGUAGGGGGCGCUAUGGAUGAAUCUGCAGCCAGACCUCCCGACCCGGCUCGAGCUUUUAUGUUUGAUAUCAGCAGUUUGAUGCUUUUCAGUAAUUAUGAGCCGAUGUUUUGUUGAAGAUUCUCAGCGAUGAAUUCUCCAAGUUGAGUUGACAUCUGUUUUCUUUUUCACUCACCGGUUUCUGUCUCAGGUUUGGGUUUGAGGGCUGUUUGUGUGUGAAUGUCGGUCUGUCAGAAUGUAAAGCAAUAAAACAAAAAAACUGGAGGCGGAAACGCUUUGGAUGUUAACUGUAAAUAAUUUGUAGCUCCUCUCCGUCAUUUCAGGUUUGACUUGUGAUGAGUUGAAGGUCACAGAUGUGACUGCUUCAAACCAACGUGCUUAUCCACAAUCCUGAAGGUGCUCCUAUGUUCCCUUUAGCUGCUUUGUGAUGUCACAGACCCUAGACCCCUUAUAGCAAAUGUUAGUAUUUUGUCAAAAUGGUGCUCACCAAAGAAAAAGAAUGCUGAGGCAGCUCAGCCUUAUCACAUGCACAGAUAUUUCAUCAUUUUCUCA